AUGGCGACCUCGCACGCAGGUGAUCAGGGCUCGAGUGGAACAGUCCCCGGAACGGCAGCGGGACAGCCGCCACCAGCUAAGAAAGGGAGGACGAACACGCCUUGGACUGCGGCGGAGGAACAGAAGCUGAAGCAGAUGCGGGAUCAGGGACUGAGCUGGAGUGAAAUUGCCAAGAGCUUCCCUGCACGGACAGAAGGGAGUGUGAAGAAGCACUGGUAUAAGGACAUGCACUAUGCGGAAUUCGCAGAAGACGAGAGCGCCGCUCUCCUUGCAGCCAUCAAGGAAUAUGAAGGAAACAAAUGGAAAGUGAUAGGACAGAAAGUCGGAAAGCCAGCCAAAGCUUGCGAGCAAUAUGCGAAAGAGCAUUUCGGUGGCAAGCUUUGA